CCCAUCCGUUUUUCCAAACCAACCAAACCUUUCUAAUUUCCGUACCAAUACCAAUAACCAAUCCGAUGGUCCACGUUGAACAUUUGAUUGGUAUAUGGUAGGAUUAAAAAUAUUUUUCUUAAAAAGUUAAAAGGAAGUGAAUCCUAGAUAAUCCGUUCGUUUGGUGUCCAAAGUGUUUAUAAAGAGAUGAGUGCUUUUCAGGAAUAGGAUAAUAAGACAUGAACAUUACUGAUAUAUUAGUAUCAAGUGGUGCAGAGUCCAACAAUAUGGAUAUUUCACUGAAUUAUGAAACUGCGGAGCUGAUGAGUUCCGAGUUUUUUGAUUCGGUUCUAUCAUUGGAGAAUGAUCUGGAAGAUGGAUUUUUGUCAAGCUUUGAUGAAGAUAACAACAUGUCAAGUGAUGCCAGUCACAGUGAUGCUAGUCACAGCGAUGAUGUUCUUUCACCCCGAAGUUAUUAUUCAGAAAGUGAUAAGAACAGCACUUAUAGUUCAGAAAAUGCUGAUGUUGAUCCAUCCCAGGUUUUAAAUACUAUCGAUGACUUAGAUGAUCCAAUGCUCCUUUCAUUUCUGGAUAAUAUAGCGCAAGAUGAGGCAAAACCUAUCCCUGUGGUGGCAAUCCCUCAAAAUCCACUUUCGUUACCGACGGCACCAAAGACCACAAAAAUUCUGAUCCAAAAUCCAUCAAACAAAAAGUGUAUUGCAAAACCACUGUCUAAUGCAUCUCAACUACGAAAACCUUUAUCUAAGGUAAAACAUCAAGUUCUAAAGGUACAACAAAUUACAAAUAACGGCCGACCAUUAUUUUUGCCAAUUAACUUUAAAAACGUUAAAAUAUUAGGCCCUACUACAGAAGUUUCUCUGGCAAACAAUAAAAUUUGCAAAAUUGAACCAAUUCAUUCUACAAACUCAGAAGAUGAUCAGCCAGCAAUUCUACCAAACCAUCCUUAUCCUCCAUUAAAUCUAAAUAACGAAGAAAAAAGGCUGUUGGCAAAAGAGGGCAUUCAACUUCCUACUCAUUAUCCAUUGACCAAAAAUGAAGAAAGAGAACUGAAGCGAAUAAGAAGGAAAAUACGCAACAAGAUUUCCGCUCAAGACUCACGUAAAAGGAAAAAGGAAUAUGUUGAUGGAUUAGAGGAAAGGGUCAAAAGAGGGUCACAAGAAAACAAAAACUUGCUACAAAAAGUAAGAGAGCUGCAAAGGCAAAACCGCACUUUAAUAGCCCACGUAAACAAACUGCAAGCAUUAAUUUGUAAAUCGUCAACAUCAAAGGCAACACCAUCGACAUGUCUUAUGGUUGUUUUGCUCUCCGCAUUGCUUAUAUCAUUGCCAAAUAUUCGCCUGUUUCAAAACAAACAGCUGUCUACUGUUAAUGAGCAGGUUAGCAUUAGGAGAUCUUUGCUUAGUGAUCUUCAGGCCACAGAAGAAGAUUUGAACAUGGAGGAGUUCCUUAUAUUUAAUAAUGAUGAGGCGGACCUCGAGGCUAAGAUCGGAGAUGCCAUUGAUAAUUCUUCAGAGGCCGAAUUAUCCAAAUUAUUGGAUACUAUGAGUAACAAGUAUGAAGACUUGAAGGUUGACAAGAAUGAUUCUGAUAAAAUUAGCAUUUUGGGGAACGUGAUUGAGGCAAUGAAGGGAUUUAUUGCGGAGAAAAAAACCGAAAUGUUUGAGAUUAAAACGCAUGAGAUUGGAGGAACGCUGAAUAGUAAGGGAUUUAUUGAACCGGAUAUUGAUGAUUAUCUUCCGGGGGAUGAGGGGCCUCUCAUGAAGCGAGUUAAAUAUGAUUUAGAGAUUACUUCUACUAAUUUAAAAGGAAUACCAGCAACAGCAACGAAUCAAGUAGUAAAAGAUAAGUAGCUAAGGUAUUAAAUUAAAAAUGUCUUUUUUGUAAAUCUUUAUUAUGCUUCGUUUAUUAUUUUAUGUGAAGUGAGCUUUUGUCUGUAAAUUUCGGUAUUUUUGUUGCAUUCCAAACAAAAUUAGUUUGCUUAAACCUUGUCAAUUUCCUUAUAUUGACACAAAUUAAAAAUUUGUUUAGAUUUUUGAAGACUGUAAUCAAAUAUUAAGUGUAUUUCUUGUUUUUUUUUAAUUUGUUAUAUAUAAAGAAUUCUAUUAUAUUAUAUACAAUUACGCAUUCUAUGAUUAUAUUUGUAAUAGUUUAGAUUAAAGCAGUAAUUGAAAAAUGUUAGUAUUUUUAUCAAGAUUUAUUUAUAAAUUUGUGGAUUAUUUUAAUAUACAUUUAUUGUUUGCCUA